ACCUAAGAAUCAUCCAUCGGUACAGAGAUUCGAUGAAAGAAAGUAUUGUUUCAAGAUCCCGUUCCAAGGAAAAUCAGGUGUUUAUUUUUUUACUCGUCUCGAUGAGCCUCGAGGCUAAGGUUGAGUAACGAAGAGGACGUGCUCUAUCUUCGUCUCGUUUUCCUUCCUCCUGCAAGCGCACGUAUUAUUCGGAUGAUUUGAGAAAGCGUGCUCGCGUGUAUACGCGCCAAGGCAUACGGUGGAUAGAAAAGAGUAGAAAGGUAGGGUUCCCGGUGCAAUCGAAGCGCGACUUUCACCGAGCCAAGGUGGUCGUGAUACACGAUCGAUUACGCAAGCGAGUAAACGAACGCGAACGAGCGAACGGGCUGAGAAGAAACGCUAGUCACGUGUAACUGGCGAUCGUGGACCGUCCACGGCCACGUUAACGCGUAUUCUUUUUCACGCGGAAACGCAUUAACCGGGGUCACCGGAACAAAAAGUACGUGUAACGAAACAAAAGGGUAGUGACGCAAGUACCGAUGCGCUGCACAAAAAGAAGCGCGUCUCAUUGAAUUCUGUUGUUCGCGGCAUUCGACACGCUGGGUAAAGUUCAUAGGUUCUAUUCGAGACUCGUAACGCGACGAGGAAAGACCCGAUAGCCUUGAUGCUCAACGAACCGGCCGAAAAUGGGAUCGCGGUGAAAGUACAGUGUAGGAAUUACGAGAAGAAAGUGAAUCUUCGAGUGGCCGUCAAAUUCGAAAAAACGAAAGAGGAUAGAAUCACGCGCCUCGCUCUGAAUCGGUUGAUUUUUUUUUCCCCCGUUCGAUCGCGCGAUUCAGAAUGAAUCCGGAUGCUGAGCAGGAGAAACGGAAACAGAGGAGGAAGAAAUGACGGAAGAAAAAGCAGCGGUAAGAGCGUGUAAAGCAAAAGGUGCGGUAAGAGUGGCGCGCGUACCACGAUCUGGCCUUAAAUUGAUCGGGCGAGUAAGUAAGCGGGUUACUUCGAUCCAAGUUGGUCGACGAGUAAGAUUUCUCGGUAGAACGCGAAUACUACUGGUGAACGACCGAAGGAACCGUCCGUUUCCGCGGUUUUAACGCGUUCGCUCGAAUUCCAAAAGUCAACCACGCGUACCGAUCGCGAUCGAGAGAAAGUUCACGCCGGAAUUUCCGAUACCUCGAACGACGCGCGUCGUUGGUGUUUCUUCGAGGAGAAAGGUCCUCAAGUUCCGGCGAAUGUUAUUCCAUCAUGAUCCUUGUGCUCGCGAUACUAGAUUUAUUCAUUCGCGUUCCACUCGCAUAACGAGCACGAGGACGACGCGAGAAGCGGUCGAACAGCGCUAGAAAGCGCCGCGAAGAAUCGUCAGGACAGUUAUUCUUUCUCAAGUAGACCGAUGUCGGACUUUCUCCUGAACGACGAGUCGACAAAUGGCGUAAGAAGUGAUCGUGUCUCUCGUAAUCGUUGGUAGCUUGCUUGAAAUUCGAACGAGCGAAACGAGGACGCGGCAAGCAAGGGAGGGAGCAGGAAGAGGAGGAGGAGGAAGAGGAGGUGGAGGAAAAGAAGGUGAAGCAGCAGGAGGAGGAGAAAGAAGGGAACUGAAAACGCAAAGCAAAGCGUAAGGAAAGCAUCGGUUGUCGUGUCUAGUUGUUUCCGAGUAGAAGAAUGGCCAAGUCGGGAGAAGAAGAUUACGGAUGUGCACUAAACGAAGAGACAGGGACGAUCGCUCGAGUUGAACUCCGCGAGGAUGAUGCGAUCAGGGAACAAACGUUGGACCAAUUCCGACACUGGAUUCAAAAGCAUCCCGCUAUUAAACGCUGCAGAACAGACUCGGCCUUUCUCCUCAGGUUCCUUCGAACGAAGAAAUUUAGCGUGCCGAUGGCGGAAGAGAUGCUCGAACGCUACUUGACAAUUAGACAAUUGUAUCCAAAUUGGUUCCAAAAUCUCGACAUCGAGGAUCCGGACAUCGAGGCCAUUAUCGACGCUGGCUAUCUGGUGCCGUUAAUGGAACGCGAUCAUCACGGUCGUCGGGUGAUACUCUCUUGCGCGGGACGCUUCGAUCCGUACAAGUACACGUCCGCUCAAAUGGCUCGAGCUCACAGCUUGGUGGUAGAAGCUCUGAUGGACGACGAGGAAAAUCAGGUUCGCGGCUAUACGCACAUCAACGACGAAUCCGGACUGACGAUGGGUCAUCUCAGCGCCUGGUCUCUAACCGAUAUCCGUAACAUGUUACGGUGCAUCCAAAACAGUACACCCAUGAGACACAAGGAAACGCACUUCGUCAAUAUUCCAAGUUACGCGACCAAAGUCAUAGAGUUUGGCAUCUCCCUUCUUAACGACAAGUUAAGAGCACGAAUCUUGGUACACAAGAGCCUGGAGGAUUUGAAAGCGUCCGUCCAGGAUCCAAGAAUUUUGCCGAAAGAAUACGGAGGAGAGAUACCACUCAGCGACAUGAUCGCUGCUUUCAAGAAAACCUUGAAGGAACAAAGAGACCGUUUAAAAGCGCUCGACGACAUGUACAUUGAGAUCUCGUCGACGGAAUGUCAGCACACUACGAGCGAUACUCUAAGCGGUAUACCUGGUUCUUUCCGUAAACUGGAAGUUGAUUGAUCCUCCUCUCUCUCUCUCUCUCUCGUUGAUUUUUAUACAGUCGCGCUGUUACUUGUUCGCGCUCCUAGUUAUUUAUUGUUAUCUCGAUGUAUCAGAAUUCUUCUGCCGGUGGUAUUAGUUACCUACUAUCGUUUCGAUUUUUAUAUGCGACAUAGAAUAAGAUGCGACGAUUAUGCGCAUCGUUAGCGAAAUAAUUUCAUGUUAUCUUUUUUUUCUUUUUUUUUUUCCUGUUCUACGGUAUAGAAACGGUAAAGGUGUGUGGCAUACGUCCAAGCGUGGCAAUGUUGAGCAUGAAAGAGGAA